GCUGGUCAGACAUCGGCACUCAGUGAAUGCUGAUGUACAGAACAGAUCAAGCAUAUGAUGGCCUUCAUUGAGCAAGAAGCCAAUGAAAAAGCCGAAGAAAUUGAGGCGAAGGCAGAAGAGGAGUUUAACAUAGAGAAAGGUAGGCUGGUUCAGCAGCAGAGAGUGAAGAUCAUGGACUUCUACGAGAAAAAGGAGAAGCAAGUGGAGUUGCAGAGAAAGAUUCAAGCUUCGAAUAUGCUAAACCAGGCAAGGCUCAAGGUUCUGAAAACAAGGGAGGACCAUGUGAAGAACAUUGUUGAUGAGAAUGUCAGACGACUUGGAGAUGUCACAAAGAACCAGCAGAAGUACGCACAGAUUCUAGAAGGUCUUAUCGUGCAGGGUCUGUUCCAACUACUGGAACACACUGUUGUGAUCAGAUGUCGGCAGAAGGAUGUGGCACUGGUUGAGUCGGUGUUUCCCAGUGCUGUCACUCAAGUUAAGGCUGCGACUGGUACAAACGUGAAGCUAAGCAUCGACAAGGAGAGCUAUCUCCCUGCAGAAAUUGCUGGGGGCAUAGAGCUACUGGCCAAUCAAGGAAAGAUAAAAGUCAUUAAUACCCUUGAACAACGGCUGCAGAGUACAGUUGAGCAGAUGAUUCCAGAGAUCAGGGCAAUACUAUUUGGAGUUAAUCCCAACAGGAAACAUUUGGACUAAAGAUGCAGGAUGGAACUACGUCUAGCAAAUACACUUUAAAUUGAGUGGUGUGCUACGAUUUCUCUCGGUUUGCCAGUAUAAUCCCAUAUAUUGUUUUACAUAUAGUUUUGUUUACAAACUAGCCUAAACCUGGCAAAUAAAGCUAUGGCUUCAUAUUACAUUAUGGGUUUGAAUUUACAAAAUUUGUCAUUUGUCAAAUGCAUCUAACCUGAUAACUGAAAUAAUUUCCAAGCAUCAAUAUUCCAUUUGGCUGAGUAUUCACAUAGACUAAGAAUAACUUAGUUAUUCUUACUCUAUGGUAUUCCUCAGUGAGGUGCCUGAUGAUCAACAUUCCUUAUUAGCGGUGCCACCAGCAAGGCUAAUAUCUAUAUGUGACCUGUUGGAAUAGUAAGAUGUAUAAUAUAAUAUCUCGGUAUGGCAGGUAGAAAAUGUGGCAGUAAUGUGUCUAAUUUAUUAAGUUUAUGAAUAAAUAUGGUAAAUAUAAGGAUUAAAGAGGCAAUGUCAUUAUUAGAACGAAACGGUGUCUAGGUAAUAAAUGUUUCUUUCAUAGAGAGGUGUGGCCAUAUGUGCUACACUUGUAAUUUAAUCGAGUAACUAACAUAGUGAAUCAUGUUCUGAUUAAAUGGUACAGUGGUAUAGUAUAUCAUUGCUGCAAUGAAAAUGGACCUAUAGUUGAUAUCUGUCAGAAAAUGGCAAAGGGAAAGAACGUGCUGCAAUUUGCUACAUAUAUCAUUGUAGUUGUUUUUGUUAACAAUAAAACGUGCAAGUAAAAUAACCA